AUGGCCAUUGGUCAGGCCAUCAGCUGUGGCCACCGCCGCAGCAGCGACUGGGAAGAGCCCCAUCCCGGUCUUCGCCUUGUGCUGACGGACGCGCCAAGCUGUCUCGGGGCCGACGACCUCUCUGUCGACCCGUGCGACAGCGGCUGUGGCGAUGGUGACAGCGUCAUUGAAUCAUGGACAGCAGGAGUUUCUCGGAGCGACACGGCCGCAAAAGGCGUGGGCCAACUGUCACAAUCGAGACGGCCUUCCCCCUCUCGGUCGUGGCUGUCUCGACGACGGAUCCGCAUGAAGAUCCGCGACGCGGCGCAUUCUCCCAACAAGUCGCCAGCGAUCGCAACAACAGCAACAUCUGCAAUGACUGCAGACGAAUUUCUGACUCGGCCGAUGACGUCCGGCCAGCAGAGCAUCGACACCAGCGUCGACAUGGACGUGGACUCGGACCCCGAGACCGACAUGGAAAGCGUGUCUGCCUGCCGGUCGAUCGAGACGCCGUCGGCCACCACGGCUGCAACCGAAGACGUGUGGACGGCAGCUCCCCGACGCAUGGCCAUGUCAGCCUCGACGCUGGCCGUCACUGACCGUUCCGGCCGUCUCGGCGGUGAAGACGACACGGCGUCGACCGUUGUCGACUCGGAUGCGAUCUCGUACGCUACCACUGCUGACUGCGACGUGUAUGGCUGGGAGGCCGAGCUGGAUCGCAAGAGAAGCAUGUCGGUCGUUUCUGCUUCGUUUGUCGGUAGCAGCAUCGGUGACGAUGCCGACAGUGCCAGCAGGCUCAACGAGCUUCGCGACUACCAGUUCCGCCGUGCUGACGGUCGCCGACGCAGCUUCCUCCACCGUGUCUUCAACAACGGCGAAGAGACCGACAAGACUGCAAGUGACGGCGGCCGUGGCAGAGGCACGCCAACCUCUGUUCCUCCGGUCCCGGCGAUCCCUCCGUCUUUCCUCAACUUUGCAGUGCGGAACAGCAACCGGCUGUGA